UUCAAAUUUGCACAAAAUUCAUUAAAAUAUUUUCAAAAUAGUUUAGAUUUCAAUCGAUGACAAAACAACAAUGUUUUGUUUCAAACGGUUUUCCAAAUUUAAAAUGAAACAAAAAUUUGGGGGGGGGGGGAGCACAGCACCCAUGGAUCUCCCCCUGGAUACGUGCCUGUGAAUAAUAAUAAUUUAAUAUCAUAUCAUAUAAAUGCUGAUAAUAAAACCUACAUCAAAUUAUACAUUAUAUUAUAUUUGAUAAGUUGAAAAUGAAGUAAUUUAACGUUGGCUGACCUGUCAACCAGUUGUCUGUCUCGCUCGUUCAGUCGGUCGCUCACUCCCGCACUGCUGUCCUUGCACGAUGACAACGCGUUUGUUUGUGUUUUGAAUAUUGUCGUGUUAUCGUAGUGGUGAACCAUGUUCGUUGAUCCGUUAUUUCAUAUUUUUUUUUUCCUGUUCAAAUCGCUCCAGUCCGUUUACGGUCAUUGUUCGAUAGGUACGUAAGUCUGUCACAUAAUAAUCAUGGCGAGGAGACGGAAUAGCCGUGGUGUCGGUCGUGCCUCGGCGAUGUCCAAAGAGAAAGAUGAAAAGAUAUUACAGUUGACAAACGAAGUGGAAUAUCUCAAACAGAAGUCGGAUGUCUUAUCAUUCACACAAGUUUCUUCAACAUGCUCAUCUGGCAUAGGAGAUUUGAGUUUGGCUGAAAAACAAUAUCAACAAGAACAUCAACACAUUAAACCUAAAAAGCGAACGAUUCGUCAAGCAGCUACUAAACAACCGAACCCAGAUCCAUUAGAAUCCAACCAGACAAAACGGCGGAGAACUAGUAUUCCACAAACUAAAUCAGCUAAAUUAAAAAACACGGAAGAAUUGUCUUUGAUCACAGCAGAUGAUGCAUAUUACACAUGCCUAGGAAGUUAUGAUCCUAUAAAAAGCAAUCCAGUUUCUAAAAAUACUAAGAGGAAUAUAGAACAUGUAUGA